AUGGAAAAAUCUGACAUACAAACUUUCCUGGAGCUGAAAUCGUGCUGCGAUAAUCUCAUAAAAAAUCCUACUAAGGAACAUGCAUAUAGAAUUGCGACAGUGGCCAAUAAUAUCUCCAAUGAAGUUGUCCAGAACUUGUCAGAGUAUUGUUUGUUUCCCAUUAUUACUUCUCUACGAAACAACAGCUUGAGUAUGAAUGUAAAAGAGCAAUUGGUGAAGACUAUGAGAGUUAUAAUACAGAAGACUAGAAUUACAAAAUUAAAGCACUUUUAUGAUAUUUAUGACUCUUUGUUACUUCAAAUUUUUGAUAAAAGUCAGCCAAAUCAUGUAAUUAUGUUUCAUGAGGAACUUAAAGAAGCAGUAACUUUAUGUAUCAAAGACCUCAUUCACCAAAGCUUUAGCGAUGUUAUUGAGUUGCUUUAUACUAAAGAGAAUAUAUUGAAACUUGGUCAAGGAAUAUUAUUAUGCUUAACAAUUGCAAGAAUGGAAAAAUCAUCUAUUGUAAAACUAGCAGGAAUAGAUGCAGUAAUGGUUCUAUGUCAUGUCGAUGACAAAAUAGACAAAUCUGAUAUCAUUAUACAAGAAAAAGUAGCAGAUACCAUUAUGGCAUUUUUACCUGGUAUUGUUAGUGGACUACAGGAAAUAGCAAUGGGAAGUGAAGUUCAAAAUCAUAAGGUUACAAUGAUGGCAGUUCGAGCAUGGGGAAGAGUCAUAUCUCUUGUAAUGCAUGAUAAAGAGGAAGAAGACAUUGCAUUAUCUAUAGAAACACUUAUGAAAAAAGAUCACAAUCUCCUUAGCGAGGCAUCGCACACUACAACAUAUAAUGGAAAAUGUGAUAUAAAACACAAUCUAAAGGGAGCUACAAGAAAUAAGGAAUGGUUUGAAGCUGCAGCUAUUAAGCUUGGUGCUUGUAUACAGCUUGUGGACAAGAUCAAGAGUCAUUCACAUUAUAAAGUUAGAAGAGAACUGGUAGAAAGUAUCAAUCUUAUACUUGAAAAUUGUUCUAGAAACAUGAAACCAAAUAUUAUGGCAUUAACGGAUUAUUUGAUUUCCUUAUCUGAAGAUGAAUCCAUAGAAGUUAGUGAAAAAGCACAUAAUGUGCUAUACAGUUUAAGUGAAAACUGUAUGCAAAAUCACAAUAUGAGACCACUAAUUGAUUUAUUGGAAGAUAAGUUUUAUAGUUUACUUACAAGAUUGCCCACAUUUGUCAGACGGACAGAUGAUAAUGAACAAUUAGCAUCUUUGAAUCAAUUUGCUGGUUAUCUAAAGCUGUUUGGAAAACAAAGAUUACCUCAUAUUAUGAGAUCACAGGCUCAUAUACGAAGAUUACUUUUAGCCCUUGUAUAUAUUAUGGCGUUAGAUUGCAAUGAUGUAUCUCCUUUACUAACAACAAAUAUGAAAGAUUUAGAUGAUCCCGCGUAUUUCUACGGAUCGGAUUCAUGGAAACAAUUUAAAUUUAUCAAAAACAAUUCAUGUAGAGAGAAACUUAUCACAAUAUGCAAGUUGCUUGGAGAAUUUGGGGAUUUUAGGAUAUUAGUCGAUACUAUUCUUGAACUUAUGUCGGAUGCAUCACAACACAGGAAAGAAUUGACUUUGCUACUUAACUGGAGCUUAGUUUCUGUUCAAGAUCCAUCUGUUUCACAUUUAUACAAGGAAAUUGUGGACUUUUAUACAAUGCAGGAAGUAUGGUACUUGCCCAUAGAAGUAUCUAAAGAUACUCCUUUGGUGCAGGCACAGAGUAAUAUAGUACAGUGCUGUCUUUUGAUGGAAGGAUUAGGCUAUAUAGCACAAAAUUUACAAUAUGACUAUGACAGAUAUCUUUUGAAAACUUUGUACAUAAUUAUUGAAAGAGCAGGUAGUGGAAAUGGUUUGAUCAGUUAUAUCGGAGUGCGUACUCUCGAAAGUAUCGCGGAGACGCAACAACAUAAGACGAUUGGCGAUCUGUUACGUGCGAAUGUAGAUUAUUUUUCUUAUCACAUUUUAAUGAAAUUACGCCAAGUAGCUCGUAAUCCUGGCGUACUCGAUGUUAUAGAAGUUGUUAUGAAAUAUAGCAAAUUAGACUUCUUACCACAUUUAAAGGGAAUUGUGGAGGAUGUACUUAGGCAAUUAAGUAUGCCUUAUCAUCAAAAAGAUACUUAUUCCUUCUUAAAAAUAUUUCAUACGUUUAUCGCGUGUGUGAAAAUAUUAAUAAGUUGGGAGGACACAAAAGAAAUAAUAAAGAAAGAAGACACACAAACUACAAAUAACCUUUCGGAGACAAUUAUCCUUUCUUUGCUAGAAUACUAUAAAGCAAAGAAGAUUGAUGAAAAUUUCGAAGAUAAUAUUGAAGAGACAAAAUCAAAUGCAAAUGUUCCAAAUUUUGAAGAACUAACAGAAGAGACAAAUGAAGAUUACUCUAAUCUGAAUGCAGAAGAUGAAAAAGACAAAAAAUUACCAAUCCACAUAAAGAUAAUCCUAGAAGUUAUGAAACGCUGUUUACAUUUUUUACCUUUGAAAGAUAUACACAUAUCAUUAAUGGCAAUGCAAACGCUUCAAGAAGGUCUACCAAUGUUAGUGAAAUGGGAGAAUGAACUAUUACCUAUUGUGCAUCAACUAUGGCAUCCGCUAAUCGAUAGAUUUAACGAUAAAAACGUUCUUGUGAUUAAUCGUUCGUGGCAACUUUUGCAUGUACUUGCCGAUAUAUCAAAUGACUUUAUCAGAAACAGAACUCUACGGCAGGUAUUACCAUGCGUAUUUAAAUUUUUGACCGAAUCUUCCACAGAAAGCAUUGAUAAAAGUUCUUUGAAUAUUUAUAAGUUUACGCAAACCUAUAAAUUACAAUAUGAAUUAUUAUCUACAUUGGGGUUAAUCGCCCGGCUCCUAAAACUUUGUGAGCGGGAAUUAUGGCAAAUAUUAAGUAAUACACAAUUGUAUCUUAGUGCUCGACAAAAUUCUAUGUUACAGAUGUGCUGCGUGAAAUUAUACAAAGAUAUUGCCGAUUAUAAUGGAGAUAUUGCAUGGUUGAAAUGUCUUAGUAUUUGGAAUUCAAAAAUUGCACCAAUAACACCUGAUGCAACAAUUGACAUAAAUAAUCUGCUGGAUUCAAAUGUUGCUCGAUCAAACAAGUAUUAUAAAAAUUUAAACGAAAUUAUUAUAUACAUCCAAAAAAGGAUAUCUAUUGUUAAAUAAACGUAUAUAUUAAAAAUAUAAGAGUAAAUAUAAGACACAUUAUAUUUAAGAAGAACUGUAAUAAAGUAUUGGGGUCUUAAAAAUGAUACAAGUGAACAACAUAAAUAUUGGUCUAAAAUUUUUCAAGGCAACAAUGCACUAUUCAAGUUACAAAAUGCCUUUAUUCUUUGUAGAAUUAAAAUGGUAUAAAAUGUUAAUUAUAUAUAAAAGAUAUAGAUUAUUAGAAUUGUUGAAACAUACAUGGAUGAAUAAUAUUUAUGUAGAUUCAUACACAUCAAAAAGUAGUGAAAAAAUUUUGACACAAUUUUUUUAUUUAUAUAAUUCUAACAGAUUUUAUAGUUAUAUAUAUAUAUAUAUUUUUUCCACAUUUUACAAUAAUUUAUGUAUAAUAAAUUAAACUUCUUUUCAUUAUCUACAAAGCGAUAUAUUACUUCAUCAAAACAGAGAUGUACUAUGGUGAUGUACAAUAUAUGUGUGUGUAUGUGUGUACACACGUAUAUACGCGUGUAUAUAUAUCUAUACAUAUAUAUAUAGAUACGCUUGAUGAUAUUUACAUAUUAUCUCUUCUGUUUUUCAUAUCAAUUUUAAUAUGUAUGUGAUAGUGAAUACUGUAUUUUUGAUACAUUCCCAUUUAUAUUAAUCUUGAUGCUUUUUUUUAGAUCGCUUUUAUCUGAUUUUGCGACUAUAAUUGGACAAAAAUUAGAAAUGAAUGCUAUGAUAAUUAAAAGUUAUCUAAAUUCUAUAACUUUAAAAAAAAAAUUUAAGAUUCUUGAGAUGUAUUUGAAUAUAAUUUAGUAAUUUCAUAGCUACUAUUCCCUAGAUAAAAAAAAUGCUAUAAAUGCAAAUAAUUAAAAGACUAUUUUUUCAACAAUCCACUAUUUUUCUUUCAAUAGAAUAUCAUUUAAUUUUCUUUCAAUAGAAUAUUAUUUAAUUUUUUGAAGUUGCAGAGAUAAUAUACAUUUCAGUGAUAAGUAAUAAAAAUAUUCAAAGAUAUUUUUUUUUUUAAUUUUUCAUCAAACUAAGGAAAUAUUAUACAAUAAAGAAUUCUUUUAUAAGAUCAUCACAUUUCUUUACAUGAUAUUUCUUGCAAGUAUUAUAAAUUAUAUUUUUUUAAGGAAAUUUAUCUGUUUGUAAAGUUGAGCUUAAAGAGGAUACUUUGCAAGAAAUUUCAAAUGUACAAGUGUAUAUAAAGUGCGUAAACUUCUUACAUACAAUAUGUUACAAAGAAUUAUGAAUUACAGGUACACAGAGACGAAUGCAAAAUAUACUGUUCUUCAAAAAGAUUCUAGAUUACAUUUCACAAUCGCGAAUUUGAAAUCAUAUAAGCAAUAUUUAUGUGUAAAUGAGAUUAUAUUAUUUAAUAUAAGACAGUCACAUAUUUUCUUUUUGCAUGUUAAACAAAUAUUUUUUUAUAUAUAUUUUUCAGCGCAUUGUUCAGUAUCAUACACAUUAACAUUUCAAUAUUCUCACUGUGAAAUGCAUAUUAUGAUCGUAAUUUUAUUUAUAUUUAUAAAUUGAUGAUUCCUACUUUGAUUUAUAUUGAAGAUUUAUAGGUAUCUUGAAAGAAAUAUCUUGUGCCUUUUACAAAAAUUGCUGUACGAUUAAUAAAAUAGCAAUUAGAAACUUUGAGUACUCAGUUUUGAGUUAUCAGGUAUUUAUGUAUAGUUUAAUGAUCGAUGAUCAUAUGGUCCGUUCUCAUUAUACUGAUCAACACAGUUUAAAAGAUUCAGAAAGAUUUUCACAAUACCUAUUCUCAUUUUCUGUAUUAUCAAAGAAUAUAUAUAUAUAUAUAUAUAUAUAUAUAUAUAUAUA